GUUUGCGUUUACAUCAAAUUAAUAUAAAUUUAUUAUAAAAACUAGAUAAAAUCUCAUAAAUUGUAACUGAAUUUAUAAUAAAUAAAGAUGGUUGCGAGAGUAGCUGGUGUUUUCGACGAGAAACUGACCGAAGCCAUUGCCAAUUCGAAGAUUUUAGUUGUGGGCGCCGGCGGUAUAGGUUGUGAAAUACUAAAGAAUCUCGUGCUCACCGGCUUUCCACAUAUUGAAAUCAUUGAUCUGGACACAAUAGACGUGAGCAAUCUCAACAGACAGUUCCUGUUUCACAAAGAACAUGUUGGCAAGUCGAAGGCUCAGGUUGCGAAGGACAGUGCUCUCAGCUUCAACCCCAACGUGAACAUAAUCGCUCAUCACGACAGUGUUAUAAGCAACGACUACGGAGUGUCAUACUUUAAACAGUUCAACAUCGUGAUGAACGCGCUGGACAAUCGCGUGGCCCGCAAUCACGUCAACCGGAUGUGUCUCGCGGCCGACGUGCCCUUGGUUGAGACGGGCACAGCGGGCUAUGCUGGACAGGUGGAGCUGAUCAAGAAAGGUUUGACAGAAUGCUACGAAUGUCAGCCGAAGGCGCCACAGAAGACCUUCCCCGGCUGCACCAUCCGUAACACGCCAUCUGAGCCCAUUCACUGCAUCGUCUGGGCCAAACAUCUGUUCAACCAACUUUUUGGAGAAGAGGACCCAGAUCAGGAUGUCAGUCCGGAUACGGCCGAUCCAGAGGCCGCAGGCGAUGCUGGGUCUUCGGCACUGUCAUCUGAAGGCACCAAUGCAGGCAAUGUAGAACGCAAAAGCACAAGAGCAUGGGCCGCUGAAACUAAUUACGAUGCGGAGAAGCUGUUCACAAAACUGUUCGGUGAUGACAUCCGUUAUCUGUUGUCUAUGGAAAAUUUGUGGAAGAAACGCAGGCCGCCCACCCCGCUGUCGUGGGGCAGCCUCCCCGGGCGGGACGCUGCGCCCGCGCCGCACUGCGGGCUGCCCGACCAGCGGACGUGGUCCGUGCACGAAUGCGCUCAGGUGUUUGCAUCAAGUUGUAGCGCGUUACAAGCGGAGUUGCGCAGUCGCCCGGCCGGCGACCAUCUUGUGUGGGACAAGGACGAAAAGAGCGCAAUGGAUUUUGUCACGGCUUGCGCCAACAUCCGCGCUCACAUCUUCAACAUACCGCUCAAGUCGAGAUUUGAGAUCAAAUCGAUGGCGGGCAACAUAAUCCCAGCUAUAGCGACGGCGAACGCUAUAGUGGCCGGGCUCGCCGUACUGAGGGCUCAGGCCAUCCUCAAGGGAGACAUCGACACGUGCUCCAGCGUGUAUCUGCGGCCCAAAGUCAACCACCGCGGUCAGCUGUUCCUGUCGGAGAAGACUAUCGCCCCGCCGAACCCAAAAUGUUACGUAUGCGCCCCAAAACCAGAAGUCGGCCUCGCUUGCAACAUCAAGCAACUAACUCUAAAAGAUCUGACCGCAGCAUUCAAAGAGGGCCUCAAUAUGCAAGCCCCCGACGCCACGGUCGAGGGCAAAGGCCUGGUCGUGCUGUCAUCGGAACCAGGCGAAACGGACCACAACAACGACAAAACCUUAGAGGAAAUCGGUCUGAAUGACGGAUGCGCUCUCAUCGUGGACGACUUCCUCCAAAACUACGAAGUCAGAGUGCGGCUGCAACAAGAAGACGAGGAGAAAUCAUGGCGUUUGGUCACCGACAGCGACUCGCCAGCGCUCGCACCGAAAGAGGAAGCGAAGCCGGCAAACGGGUCCAACGGAAACGGGUCCAAUGAACCCAAACCUGGGCCCUCGAGGUCCAAGGAGGAUAGCGACAGUGACAUGGAAAUCAUCGAGGAAGACGACGACGAACCCACAGCUAAACCGCCGAAACGCAGGCGCACAGAAAUAAGUGAUGAAAUCGUGGAACUCUGUUAGAACCUUUUGCAGUGCUUGGCUGUUGCAGCCGUCCUCUCGAUGUUUCUAUACGUGAUGCGUUCCAGAGGUAUUUUCUAAAAGUAUUCCAACAUAUUCAGAAAUUGUAAUGAUAUUCGAGUACACAGUAUGUAGGAAUAAGUGAUAUUGAUAAGAACAAUUUUUUUUUGACGUAGUUUAAGCGAUUCUUGUACGGAUAUAUUCUCACUGUCGUAAAUAAAUUUUUAAAAUGUA